AUGAGUCAAUCCAAUGGAUCGGGAUCUGUUCCACCACUGCCUCCACGAAGGACCGUAGCAUCGAUGGCGCAGUCCUCGCGAGUCACCUCAUCUGAUGCCCAACUUCUUCAGUCGGUUCCUCCGCCGCCACAGCACUCCAAACAACUCAACGAUUUGAUGAGUUUUCGACACUUGGAUCACAACCAAAACCACAACUCUCUCGACUCCAGACAUACCUUCAAUGAGUUCUUCGCAAAUCCAAACUUAUCUCUAUCGCCGACCACAACAACUAUCACUUCCACCACUCAGUCAUAUAUUCAAUGGCAGAACCAAAGCGUUGGCCCAAACUUCUUGUUCCCUUCAGCGCGACCUCCGAUGUGGACAUCAAACGCAAACACGUCGACCACUAACCGCAUCAAUGCUUUUGCCAAUUAUUCCUAUUCAUCGUCUGCAGCAGUAUCGCCUAUCAGUCCUCUGGGAGGCCCUCCAAUGACACCGCUUUCCCACAGUCUGUCCGCUCCGACCUUCUCUUCCAACGCCUUUUCAAACUAUUCAUAUUCACCAGUAUUUCCAGCCAUGACUUCAAACGCUACACAAAAUGCUACCACAGCUGAAGACAUACAAAGACUCACAAACGGUAACCAAAAGACUCAUCCAAAUGUUGUACGCGAUUCCAAAGCAAAGAACAAUGACUUAAUUGAUUUGGUGGACAUCGAAGAAGGCAAAAGCGUUAUCGAAAUGUUUGAUCCGUUGAGUUGUCAGGAAAACAUUGACUUAAACUUUUCCAAUAACUUUGUACUCGACUCCGAGUCUUCGGCGUCGGGAGUGUCCGAUGAGAUCGACAAACAUUCGCCAGAAGUUGUCGUAAAGGAAAUGGAAACCAAUGAAAGCAAACCCCGAGAAAAGCGGAAGGACUCGACGGCCUCCAACUCGAGUGACAUUUGCCAACCAUUUCGUGUGGUUUCGCGUAAAUGUCGCGCAAACGAAGAGUUGGAUAAUUACGUGAACCAAUUGGUUGUAUUGCGGCGACAAUACAAGUACAACGAUUACAUCGCAAACUCAGGUCUCGUCAUAUCUCCGACACUCGACUCACGACACGACAACUCUCUUAGUGUUAAACUGGUUAUCGAAACUCAACUAUCAGUGCAACCGAUUUCAUUCACCUGUAAUGUGGACACUAGUGUUGAACAUAUCAUCUCUCAUGUCAUCUGUACUCUCGUCGAAGACGCUUCUAAUGUCAAAAUGGAUGACUAUUUGCUGAAAGUGUACGGUUUGACCGAAUACUUAGCGUGUGACUCGGUUUUAGCCAAUUACUCGUACGUCCAUCAGUGCCAUAAGUUUGAUAAUAUAUCAGUGCAACCGAUUUCAUUCACCUGUAAUGUGGACACUAGUGUUGAACAUAUCAUCUCUCAUGUCAUCUGUACUCUCGUCGAAGACGCUUCUAAUUUUUACCUACUGAUAAACGACUUUCACAUGCCAAACUGGCUUAUGAAUCGCACACUGAGCCAAAAUCGGUUAAUGAGCAUGCAGGUAGUCACGGUAUUCAAACUAUUAGACGUCCACUUGAGUUUAGUCGACAUCAAGGACUUGAGCCGUCCUUUUGCUCGCACCUCCAGAGACGACCAUAACAUCGACUUCACUGUCGAUGAGAUUAUUCCGAAAGCAAUUGUUUGCAAAUUCGGAGAACUCAGUACUGAAACCAUAAAUAUUUUGCUCGAAAACUUCGACCGAGAGAUCUCUAAACUCAGAGCAGACGCCAGAAGCAGUGGACAAUUGCAGUCGCAGUCCAUCAUCCAAACAGUGAAAGCUCUUUGCGCUCAUUUAUCCACAUUAGAGACCAUUGCCAUCACUGAGUCGGCCACCAAUUUCUCUGAAUUAUGUAACGCUUUUGGCACUUAUAAACGCGACUCAAUCACUGCUACCGAUGACGGCGCCAAUGAUUUUAAGAUCAAAUCCAUUCCCGAUUUGGACUCAAAGUUGUGGGAAAUUCUAGACAACGCUUUACUAAAACUGAGAACAGCUUUAAUACAAUUGAUUCGC